GUUAACACUCGACAAAGCAACUCUAAUCGGAGCUACCAAGUUUGAAAGUGACAGUCCAAACAUUUUUCGCCGCCGACCUAAUGUCGGCGGUCUCACGCUUAACAUUUUUUGAAACUUGGCAGCCCUGGGAACCAUGAUAAGCCUAUGUGCGCAGCUUCUUGGCCUGUCUGCUGCCAUAUUGUCACUGCUGAGGCCUUGUGGAUGUACAGGUGUAAUCCAGGAAUCAGAGAUCCAGGCUGAGGUUGGAGGAAGAGUGAGGAUGUAUUGUGAAGUCGAUCAUGAUUAUAAGUACUUGUACUGGCAGAAGAAAACAGAAGAUAAGUUCAUCAAUGGCCUCACCAACGAUAAAGCAUUGCCAACCUCUGAGUACAUGAACCGCUCCAUGGUGGAUAGCGAUGGAACUCUGGAACUAUGGGAUCUGAAGGUGUCAGAUUCCAUGUAUUACAUAUGUAAGAAAAUCACAGACACCAUCACUCCGACGUUAUGCACCUACCACCUGAUUGUGACAGCCAGAUACGCACAGCCAGUCUUAACGGCACACUCCAGUGGGGAUGGCCUCCUCGAUGUGACCUGUUCCUCCUGGGGAGGGUCUCCCCGCCUUGACGUUCAGUGGCACGUGCACGGGGAGCCCAACUCCACUGGCCUGUGGGAGACGACGCAGAACGCGGUCCAGGAUCCGACGGACCUCCUGUGGAACGGGACCAGCACCUUCAAGCUGAACUGCACCCAGAGACUCCGCAUCUCUUGUUCCAUCGGGAACGUCACGUCAGAGGAGCUCGAGAUCUGUAAGCAGUUACCUCUCUUCCCGCCUGCUGUGAUCAUUGCGACAGUGGUAGUGGCUGUCUUGGUGCUGGGCAUGCUACUGGCCGGUCUCGCGCAGCUCUUCAAGAGGCUUUGCCAGGACUCUAGUGGACAGCACAACGCAGAGGAAUUGCCAUUGCGGACCACGCCCAGCUCAGAAGAGGAGAUGAGCUCCAGCUCACAAGUGGAAGGUCCGCGAGAGCCAGUUUGAUCGGUGGAAAGCAGUGGCACGUCCACUCUGCCCAGUGUUGUCCCUUCGCGUGUUGGACUCAAUGGGAAAAGGAAAUGCUGACCCCUGGUGGUGGACAGAGAUGAAGAAGCUUUGCUUUACUCUCUGGGGGCAGAUCUCCCGCGCACACUCCUCACUCCCAUAUGCAGGCUGUGCUUUGUGCGAUGAGAGGGACACAUUGCGUGCCUCUCAACCUCUCUCCUCGAUGCUCGAUGCUCGGUCCUACAGGCUCGUUGCCACUGAUCUAUAACUAACACUGGAUAGACUAUCCCAUUGUUGCCGGCCCAUCAUUCUUUAUGUAGAUCAGUGAGGACGAGGACCGAGGAAGGAAGGGAGGAUGUAUAAAAGACAAAUGAGAGGCACCCAUUGACUCUCAUGAUUGGGAUUGCCAGGCAACACGAAGCACCAAUCAAUGUCGUUCUCAGGCAUUCACUCAGCAGGUGUGUAGGUGUCCCAUCACCUGUUCCUGAUCCAGUCGAUGUGAUGACGUUAAAGCAUAUUGGAGACUAUUUUAAGUAACUGUAUUACGUAAGGCCGUUACACACGAGUCCGUUUUCUUUUCAGACAAAAUAUCUGAAAAAUUCCACACGCUGUUAAACACAUGUAUUCUAAUUAGUCUGUACGCAUUGAGGACGAAGUUCGUUGCGAUGAAACGUUUUUUUUUUUCAGAACAGUCUCGUUUGAUGCAAAAUUGAAAAUGUGAAAACCAAAAUCGGUGUGUAUACAGGCCUUUAUAAGCUGCAUUUUUCUUAGACUUUAGGAACUGUCAGACCUAUGUAUUUUAUUCUAUUAUUUUGAUACAUUAAAAAGUAAUAUAUUAUGCUUUUCUGCCUGUGAUAUGGAAUGACUCAAUGAGUCUUUAAAAAAAUAAUAAUAUGUAGAACAUUAAAUGUACUUUUGUUUUAAAAAAAAAAGAAGUUCUCAGUCGACAUGUUGAUCCUUCUUAAGGGUCCGAUUUUCUUGCUAUAUUUUUGUAUGCAUAAAAGUUAUUUAAUUACAUUAACUUAUUUUGUGAUCGAUUUUGUGUGCAAUAAAUCGAUUUGAUAUA